AUGGGUGUCUUGGCCAAUCGUGUAGUGCAAAGGCAAACUUUGGGUCGAGAAAUUCAAAAAUUGGCAAAUGAUGGAAUUAGACUGGAUGAGACCGAAGAAGGAGGUAUAACUGCUUAUGCCUUAGCGCAAUCCUCUCUAGUUGCGCAUAUUAUGGCUAAGCAAGACAAAGAUCCGUACUUAGUGAGGCUAAAACAAAGAGUUAGAAACAAAGAAAUCACUGCUUUCACUCUAGGAAGUGACGGAGUUUUGAAGUUGAAUGAUCGGUUAUGUGUGCCUGAUGUAGAUGGUCUUAGAAAGGCCAUAAUGGAAGAAGCUCACCAUUCGAGGUACUCUAUCCACCUAGGUGCUACCAAAAUGUGUCUAGACUUGAAAGAGUUGUAUUGGUGGAAAGGCAUGAAGAAGCAAGUAGCAGGACAUGUGGCUAAAUGUUUGAAUCGCCAGCAAGUCAAAGCCGAGCAUCAAAGUCCUGGUGGCCUAGCUCAAGAUAUAGAAAUACCACAAUUCUUGAAUUUGGUUCUCUUAUUUAAGUCUUUAGCUACCAUUAUCUGA